UUAGCGAUUUGAAAAUUUAAAAAAGUACUGUGUUUACAAAUUUAGUAUUUACUGAUUAAGUAAAUAAAUAUAUAAAUUUUUUAAUUAAUAUCGAUAGUAAUUAUCUCAAAAAUGUAACAAUGGGAACGUUAAUUACAAAUGACAUUUACAGAGAUUUAAAACUACUGAUUACUUCAUUGACAGGUUUUCAGGAAAAAGGAGAAAAUUCUCGUCAUUUCAGAAUUUGUGAAAAAUUCGUACUGUCAAAUAUUAAAAAUCACAAUUAUUUACCAAUAAACAGUCACAGUGUCAGAAGAUCUGUCAACGAUCUCAAGGAAAAAUUUUACGUUCACGGUAAUUACAAAGUUGCCGAGAGAUUCACGAGUCUCGUGGACUCUCUGCUGACUUCGUCGGCGUUUAAUUUUGAGCAGCAUCCCCAGCAUGAUUUGCAGUGGACGCUCCUGCUGUUACUCAUCGAGCUGUCAAAUGAGACAAGCAAGUCAGUUAUUACUGAUACCACUUUUGCUGAUGAUAGCUGCGAUAUAUCAACGGCUACUGGUACAAAUGAUGAUGAAGAUGAUGAUAGGGCAGGUGAUUCUAAGGAGGACAACAGAACUGAUGAAAUUAAUUGGGAAGAGUAUCUCAGAGAAGGUCAGCAAGAAUUUUUCUGUGAUUACAGAGACAGAUCUCAAGACAGUGAUGAACUGUCAGUUUGGUCGCAGGAAAAUGACGACGACGUAACAUUAAAUGUAAAUGAAAAUGAUAAUAUAUCUUCAAAAAACGAAUCUUCUAAACAAAGUCUAUCAGGAAACUCAUCACUGAGUACUUUGAAAAAAAUUUCCGACCCUAAGUUUUCUGUUCCGUCUAUAAAAUCACAGGCGAAAUCAAAAUCUUUAGAAAAAUUCACGCGGAUAGUCGAGUCUCAAAAGUGGUUGGAAGUAAACAUCGAGAACUCCUGGUGGAGUGGUAAAGGUUACGACAAUGUCCAAGUACCCAGCAAAUUUUCCCAUGCUCACUUCUGUGAAAUUUAUACCAGCCACCAUAAAUCAGAAGACAGUGAAAGGGUCGGAAAAUCUGCACCAACUGCGUUGGUAACCGAGUCUCAAGCUUGCCGCGAAGUUCUUUGGAUGCUUACUCACCAGUCAGUCACUGAGUCCGGAUGUUACGAAAAUGUUGGAGUAGUCUACGAGAAAAUUGGUGAUGACUUUAAUGUAAAUAAAAAUGUUUCUAUUUCCAGUUUAACGCCGAAAGCUUUUCAAAGUGCGUUUAAAAAUUUCGUUGAUUAUUUUUCUAUGAUAAAAAGACUUGAUUGUUUGCUGAGUAAUUAUUUUUCUAGCGAAAAUAGUCUAGGGAGUAUCAAGUCCUCAGUGCUGCCGUUUACUUUCGAAACUUACAGCACCUCAGUAAUGCAGUAUUUCAAUAGAAUAAAGCAAGAUGUUAUUAAUGUUGAAAAAAAAUCAAUGGAACGCAACAUCACGACAUUCCUGACUCUAUCAAAAGACUUAGAACUCAUAAUUGGAAGACUGGACGUGCUCAGUGAUGUCCAUCAGUCAGUUCUGACUGGUGAUCUGCUAAAAUGCCAGAGCAAUUGGGAGAAAAGCUACCGGUUACUUUUGAAUCUCUACCGCGAGCUGGAAAAUUCAUCCAGCCGCACUCGGACUAAUCUCUGCGCUAGUCUUUACCUGUCAAGUUUGAGAGUUUAUUUAAAUAUAAUCGACACCUGGUUAACAGAAGGAAGACUCGAGGAUUUUCGUGAUGAAUUUUUGGUAUUUAAAAAAAAAUCAAGAUGUAAUUUUGAGAGCACGAGUUCUGAUGAUGGGAGAAUUAAAAUGAUGACAUUUGAUAUCCGUCAGAUUAAAAAGGACACUGGGGUGUUUAUUGACCCGAUAAUUAAGAAGUUGUUGAGAAAAAUAGAAGAGAUGGGAAGAAAUAUUGAUUUACUUGUUACGUUGAAUAGAAUUUCUGAUAUGUGGAAAAUGAACGCUGAGAUUUAUGAGUCCACGAGAAUUCCUUUGAGUGAUGAAUUUAUUACAUGCGUAAUCAUGGAGUUGUCUAAGUACGGAAGUGAUUUAAGUCACCAGGAUAAUGAUCAGCUAGACGCCCCAACAAAUGAUGAAUUCGACAUAACUAUUGAUAGGAAUCCUGAGAAUAAUUUAUCACAAGUACAGCAACCAAAUAAUGAUAAAUUAAAAAGUACUUGGGAUCCAACAUCUCUGAUAAAUCUUGAAGAAAAUAUUCGUCAGCAAAUUCGGCAAAUAAAUAAUCCCUUUCUCAUGAAAGUAUUUCAAAAUUAUCUGCCAUCACUGACAUCACCAGCAAAUUAUUUGAAUUAUCCCUGCGCAAUUGCAGGCACAGAUACCGUUGAUUUAAAAGAAAAAGAGCCAGCUGCAGACAAUAGUGACGAGAAGGAUCAAGAACCCAAGCGAUGGGGAGUGACGGAUAUAUUUGAUAAGUUGGAAGAAAUAUCCAAAUUUAUUUUGCCAUUUCGUAAAGUUUUUGAAAAAACAUUUGACACCAUAUUAGACCGCCGGUACUCAUGUGCCUCGAAGCUCGUGAAAAAUAUUCUUAUCGAUGAGUACAAACUUGAAAAGCAUUUGAAAUUAAUGCGGUCUAUUUAUAUGAUGGAGCGAGGUCACAUUAUGAAGAAAUUUUACCAGCACAUGUUUCACGAAAUUGAGACCCGCGGCUUCACGACGUACCGCGCGAAUCCCUACUGCGAUUUAUCAAGCAUUCUGGAGCAAGUGCUGUCGGAUGAAUGGAGAGACUCGAGUUCCCAAAACCGGUGGUCGAUUUCAAUAGCGACCUCGGACGGGGUCAAUGCCACGCGUCAAGUUAUACAAGCGAUUGAAAACACAACACUCGAUUAUUCAAUCGAUUGGCCAAUAAAUAUGGUCCUGACUGACCAAGUUCUCGCUAAGUACAACGAGAUAUUUAGAUUUCAAUUGAAACUAAAGUGGUCAUUGUGGACCUUGAACAACUUACGAUUCACAGAUCUCGAAGGAACGGGCCCCGAUGAUAUGAAUGAUUUUUUCUUCCAUUUCAAUGCCAGGAGACUGGAGUGUCUGAGAUUUUGGCUCCUCCAUGCGAUCGGGUCUAUUCACACUUAUCUAUCGGGUCAAGUUCUACAGAGUCUGGGUAUAAUUUUGGAGAACUCGCUGGCACGAGCUAAGGAUCUUGAUACCAUUAUCCAAGUUCAUGAUGAUUAUCUCAAUAAAGCGCAUGAGCAUUGUUUACAAACUCCCCAGUUUGGUGAUAUUAUGAUGACUAUUAAUAAUUUACUGGAGAUGUGCGCGCACAUACGAGAUCGUUGGAAACGAGGCGUCAAGCAAUUGAUGCCCACAGAGCUAGACGUAAUGGAGAAAAAUUACAUUAAAUUCCAUACUUACUUAGCCCUGGCACUUCACAACGCAGUGCAGCACAAAGAAGCCGACUACUUGGCCGGGUUGACAUCCGCUUUUAAUUGCAGUAUGCCACAAUACAGCAAUUGAUACCACCACGACCGACGAUUACUUCAUUUAUAUAAAUCAUACCUCAUACUCAGUACUCUACAUACUUUUUUACUUAACAUUGUACAAUUCAUCAUCAAUCGACUCUCAUUUUCUCUAGAUUUAUUUGUAUAAAAGUUUAUUGUAUAAAUGUUAUAUAUAAGUUACAAUAAUAAUUAAAUUAAUCCUCACCCUUAGUUCCUUUCCUAAGCAAAACAACUCCUAAAUUUUAUUUACAGACAAAACUACUGGUAUAACCACUAGCCCUAGCAGCAGCAGCAUCACCAAAACUCCAUGUCUUGAUGUCCAGCCAUUGAUAAAAGGCCUGCUCGCGGAAGUCGCUCAUCAAAGUUACCCGCCCUCUGGUUUUCC